AUGUCGGAACUUCCUCUGCAGAAACCCCUCAAUUGCACGUACCAGAUUGGCGAUGUCGUCCUGGGACUCACCCAGUACUAUCUGACCCUCACACGAGCAGCCUACAUUCCAGCAACAUACGUCGACUUCCCUCCCGCGGAAGGCUGGACCGACGCCGAGCUCGACGUCGGCGCCCUCCGCGCCCUGCGCCGAUCCGAGACGGUCAUCAACUUGCUGCGCCAUCUCCCCUACCCCAGACCGAUGCACGAUGGGCCUCGUCCCGGGCCGUGGAACGUCGCCCCCAAGACCAAAGCCGUGCGCUACCUCCGUCAUCUCGGCGACUUCAGCAAGUGGUCUGACCGCGGCGACGCGGGACUCCUCGAGCUGGCCGCUCUCCCCUUCAGCCAGACCCCGGCGGGGCCGAUGGACCUGCCGCCGGACGUGAUCAACCUCACCUACGGCGAGCGCGUGGGGGCGGUGACUCCGUGGUCGGGACCGUACUGGUGGAUCGUGGACUGCAGCCGCGGCAUCCUGUCGCCCUUCCAAGAGAACAGCUACGGCGUCGCCAAGGUCCCCCGCAACAAGCCGUGGCGGACCGCCCAGUCGUAUGCCGUCGCCGAUUUCUUCGCCCAGCUCAUCCCGGAGAUCGGAGUGAACUGGCUCCCGCUGCCGCCGACCGAAGAGCUCGACGCCGAGGUCCUGGAGCCGUUCUCGGAGCCCACGAACCUGCCGCACCCCUCGGAGAUCUACAGCCAGCACGGUUGGCCGGGCGAGGGCUUCCGCCAUGAAGAGUGCAUCGUCGCGCUGCAGAACUACCGCAGGCAGCUGCUGGAACAACAGCGCAAGGAGGAGGAUGACGAUGCGGACGACGAGGAUUUCGAGAUGGAGGACAGCGAUAAUGAGAUGGAGGAGGGAGCCUCGGGGUUGGAGGAUGCCAUGGCUGAUGUGAAUGUGGAAGUGGAAGACCUCGCCGCCGAGGCCGCUGCUUUGCACGCCGACAUUCACUCUGAUGAGUGGAAGAAGUUCAAGCAACAGCACGACCAGUGGCAGGUGCCGUUCGAGUGGGUUGACUCUGAAUAG